GUCUGGCAACACUGCGAAAAUAAAUAUUAAUAUCAAACAAAAUAAGAUGAGCUCCAACCACCGUCCUCUAGAUGAUUCGGAUAUCCUGCUUAUCCAGACCAUCCGCGAGACCCCGUCGCUGUACGACCCCCAGCUUCCCUCCUUCCGACUGUCGCAGCGCAAGGAAGAGGACUGGGCCAAAGUUGCAGAUGUGCUUAGCAUCUCUAUCUCAGACGCAAGGCGACGAUGGACCUGUCUGCGGGAUCGCUACUCCCGGGAGCUCAAACAGAAGCGCCUGCAUCCAUCAGGGGAAUUUGGCCACAAUGACUUCUUUCGAAAAAUGGAUUUCUUGAGGGAUUUUGUGCGCAAGCGGAGGGAGCGACGAGGACGCGACCGUGAUCGGGAUCAAAAGCCAACCGGCUGGAUGAAAGUAGAAAUUCAUCGGCGACAACGGCGCCUCCGCUUGCCCUUGGACACGGACGCCCUGAUAGAGGAGCAGAGCUCACAGGUUUAUGAUGAGGGCGAGGAACAGCAGGACUACGAUACUAAGUUGGAGGCGCAAACUACGCAAUCAGAGACUUAUUCCGUGCUCGUGGAAGCAGACGAUGGCCACGAACCAGAACAGGAGAGCUUCGAGGAGUUCCUGGGCGAUACAGAAUGUGAGCAAAAGGUCAAAGUGGUCACCAUCCACCCGGAGGCUGUUGCUCCGAAAAUAACAACGGCACCAACUUGUGAACCUGUGGAGCCUAGCCAGGCGGACCUUAACUAUAUGGUCUGUGUGCCUAAUGUGGCCCAGGAGCGGGAGCAUUCCGCUCCUGAAAUGGCUAAUCCGUCAGCCGUCAUCCCGGUGAAUAACUCGGAAACGGAGGACGACUUCUUCUGCAAAUCUAUCGCCGCCUACCUUCGUCAACUGUCACGCGUGCACAAAAUCAAGGCAAAGGUGGAGAUGUACCAGAUUUUGGAGAAGUAUAUACUGCUCGAGGAGAGCGGAACGGGGGCAGGUGUAAGCGGAUCGGGCUAGACAGGAUACAUAUGUACAUAGUUUUUAACAUAGUUUUUUAAUGCAGUACAAAUAUACAAAGUGACAAAAUCUUUUGAGCUUAA